AUGCACGCAGGUGCAACAGAAGCUUUUGCCGUUGUACUUUCCAUCAUCACCCCACAUCUCCGCAUGUCGUCUCGGGACGGUCUACGUACACGCACGUUCGAUUAUGCGUUCCAAGCUGAGGUUGUUGUCUGGCUGGACAGAAAGGGACCGGACGCUGCGGAUUACUUCCAUGCUUUAGUUCUAAGGUCUUCUGAUCGUCCAUAUAUCAACUGCUCGAUCAAAAUCCACGAGUCGAUGGGUCUGAAAGCCAAAAUCUGGGCAUCCUGGACGUCCAAAAGACACGAGGGCCUCGAAGCGUCUGCAAAUCACACACUGGCGGAGAAGAUCACUGACUCCCUCAAGAUCUCCAAGACUGGACUGCUGGGACUACGGCAUUUCGAACUUGCCGAAGAGGCCAUUGAACAGCUUCAGCGCAAGAUUGAGUCUUUAGACUGGACGGGAAGGGCCCUGUGA